AUGGGAGAGGCCGCGAAGGACCAGCCCGACGCCGGGUUGAAGAGCCUCAACCACUAUUCUAUCCGUUUACCUCUCUGGCGCUACUGGCCCCGACAAAAACUGCUGCCUCUGAUCCGAUAUGAGACCCCGUAUCUCGCCUGGCUGCAGGAAAAAGUCCGCACGCCUGCGCUCGACUCCUACUUUGCCUUUACGGCCAAUUUGGGCACCCACACUUUUUUCAUGGUUUUCCUGCCCUUCCUCUUCUGGUGCGGAUCGAACGACUUGGGUCGCGGACUAGUGCGCAUCCUGGCCGCAGGCGUCUAUUUCAGCGGGUUUGUCAAAGACUUGCUCUGUCUUCCUCGGCCUCUGUCUCCGCCGCUGCAGCGUAUUACCAUGUCCGGUUCCGCAGCGCUGGAAUACGGGUUUCCCUCCACCCAUUCGACAAACGCCGUCUCCGUCGCCGUAUACGCUUUAUCUUUACUUCAUUCGCCGGACUCGACCCUUAGCACGCAAACCUCUCUGCUUCUUCAAGUGAUCACCUAUCUCUACGUCGGGUCCAUUGUCUUGGGUCGAUUAUACUGCGGAAUGCAUGGGUUCUUUGAUGUGAUUAUCGGUUGCAUCAUGGGUACGGUCAUCGGUCUCGCACAAUUUUAUUAUGGGUUCGAGUACGACCAGUAUAUUCUGUCCGCGUCGUGGACACAGAUACUAUUCAUCACUAUUGUGGUCCUCACGAUGGUGCGCAUUCACCCGGAACCAGCGGAUGACUGUCCAUGCUUUGAUGAUAGUGUCGCUUUCGCAGGCGUGGAACUUGGCGUCACUGUGGCUUCCUGGAGGUUCGCCAAAUCCAGCAUCGCCUGGGCGGACGGCUCGAUCCCGUAUCGGUUCGAUGAAUUGGGGUUGAUCAAGACUGCUGCCCGUCUCGUCUUGGGCGUGCUGUGUGUUUUUGCUUGGCGAGAGACUAUGAAGCCUUCUCUGUUGCGUAUGCUGCCUCCUCUCUUCCGCAGCUUGGAGAAACUCGGACUUCUUCUGCCCCGUCGAUUCUUCACCACUGCCUCGAAAUACACGACCAUCCCUUCACAUUUGAAAGAUCAUGACGUGCUCCCUAAUUUCUCUGACAUACCAUCCAUGCUCACCACCAUGCGUCACCCUCGCCGUCGAGCCAUCUCAGUCGGCCCGCAGUCUGAAGCCGAUGCCUAUGAAACCUUGGCAUACCGCCAGAAACGCCGACGCGAGAGCGCAUCGAGCGACCGCCGUCCCUCCCCAGCAGCAGACAGCGACCGUAAACCCAACGGAGUAGCCGUCGCGUCGUCGAAGCAAUCCAAACUAGACGAGUACGAGCAUAUGAUGGGUACUGGCAGCCCGCACACUUCAGCUGUCGACGUGGACACCCACCUCCGGGUGUCGCCAUUGCUAUCCCCGCAAUAUGACGAAAAGUCCGACGAAAAGGAGGUGUUCUCGCAGAUCAAAAAGCCACGGGUGCGGUACGAUGUUGAGGUGGUGACUAAAUUGAUCGUAUACACCGGUAAGCAACCAAUCCCACCCCCCCCUAAUUUGGUCCACCGCAGCCACUCACUGUCUGUCUUUCUUGCAGGGAUUGCCUACGUGGUGGUCGAUGUGGUUCCCUUCAUAUUUGAGCGAGUAGGACUCGGCACUUACUAG